AUGGCAUCCAUCCACUUCUCGCAGUCUUUGUCCACACGCGGAGAAGCUACGCCAGCAUCAUCGCGCGCUGUGCAACUUCCGGCCAUGUACCCGGUCUCUCCUGAUGAGCCCGAAGAGCGUGCUCAAGGUGAGGCCUCACCUCGAGCCAGCGCCGAUCUCGGUAGCUCAUGGCUAGACCUGGAGAAGGCUGAGACUCAGGAUGGGUUCUACCUGCAUCCUGAUGCCUCGAGCAGUCCUGCCUCUUCUAUCUCAGAUGAGGAGUCUGAAACACGCAGCUAUUUGGCCUCCCUCCCAACGAGCAGCCGAUCUGAGUAUUCCGCGUUGCCUCCGUCACAGGCUGAUAAUGCUCGCUACUACGAUCAUGCGCUCUCCAAAGGCGAUCAUGAUGCGCUCAUUAUGGGUGAACUCAACCAUAACCUCCGAGCCUACACUCCACGGGACCUGGUCAUUCACCAUGAGUCUCGCAAGGAGCUCGUCCCCCAGGGCAUUGCUGGGACGGACAAGCUUGGCGAGAUGGAGGCAUUUGCCAAGAUCGAGCAGGAGAAGCAGCACAGCCAUCAGGUUCAGGAACGUAACUUGCCAUCUGCUCACCGCCACAACCUCAGCGCCACCUUUGAUUCCUUUCUCGUCCCUCACAAGUCUGGUAAGGGCGAGGCUUUCCGCGGUACUCCCACUGCGAAGAAGCCUAAGGCUAUCAAGGAGAAGCGCUCCAGUUCCUCUAUGCAGCCCGUCACAAACACUUUACGUCGCCUCAGCAUGAUGCCGUCUAUGCACUCGCUGAAGAUAUGUAAAUCUCGUGCCAGCCUCCGCAAGGAUAGCUUGGAAAAUUCGGAUGUCUCUCCCCUUCCUGAGCUACCCGAGCAUGUUUCGUAUGCGCAGCGCUAG